AUGCUUCUAUUUUUGCUGUAUUUUUUAAAUUUAUUUUUUGAAUCAAACAUCUUUUCUCUUAUUCAGCCUUUGGAGAUACCAAAUUUCAAGCAGCCGAAUGCUCCUACGGUUCAAAGUAAUUCUCAGCAGCUAGAACUUAGAAUAAAUGAAUUGGAAACACAAGUAGAACAAUUAAAAGCAAAUGAUGGAUUGUCUUUAUUAAAAAUUAAAGGUUUAGAAGAAGAAUUAGAUGUUCGAGAAAAUGAGUUGGCUAGAGCACAAAGAGAAUACCACUCUUCGUUCUGA